AUGGGUCCCGAUGUGGCUGGGGACAGUCUUGGCGUCGAAAUCACAGACGAAGACCUCGAGGAAAGUUGUCAACCUUUCGUACGAAUCGAUGUUCAUGGUCAAGUGCUUGUUGACGAGGACACCUACACCGCCGGCGCCUCUGUUAUCGCAUGUUCAAAGGAGCAGUUCUUCUCCUUUCUGAUACCUGCGACAGCUCCAGUGACAAAUUUGCCGAACCGCGUUCCGAAUCUUCCAAAGCUUCUCGAGGUCUUGCGUAAGAGUAAUCUCAAGGAAUCCGACAUCAUGGAGAUCAUUUCUCAGAUUGAGCACAACGACAACGUUCCUUCACCGACAAGGAUCGAUCUCACCUCGGCUGUGCAGAACAUCCCACUGAAAAAACAGCAAAAUCGUGAACGAAUAGUGCAGGCCUCGCGCGAGCUGCAACAGAAUUUUAUAACUCCUGAACAGGGGAACGCCAAUCAAUUUAACCAGUUUGCUCAACUACAUGGUCUCCCAUCUCAUGUUUCUGGUGUUGCUCCAACGACAUUUCAACCACCAAUUACUGGAACAGUACCUCUUUUCAAUCAUCUGUUUACCCAUCUUCCGCGGCCACUACCGGAUCCCAACGCAUCCAAUCGGCCUCAACGGGAGAUCCACCCAGUGCGAGAAGAGAAAGCUUCAUUCACUUACUCGGUGGCGACUUCAGCUCCUGGACUGCAAUCUACUCAGGCACACUUCAGUACGCCACCAAACGUGGUAUGUUUCGAAUUGCUCAUCGUUUAA